GAUAACACAACAAUACGAGUUAUAUUCAUACCAUACCAUACCAGGAAGGGUAAAUUGAUUUCCUUUUUAAUAAAUACCCACACUAGCCCAUCUGAUAUCAACAUGUAUGCGUUAAAUAGAACAUAAAAUCGACUGAACUGAAAACUGCAAGAAUAACUAUAUUAAAAUAAUGAAUAUAACAAAAAGAAAGCCUUUGCCAUAUUGGCAACAGUUAUGGCAUGUGUUUGUCAUAUACAAUAUCACGGGCAUAGCCUUGCUAUUAAAUUUUUGUAGUUUAACACAAGCAAUCAACAAGCAAACAAUAACGGAAACAGCGGCAAUAAUAGAACUGACAUCAACUAGUUUUACUACAAUAGAAAGGGAGAAUGGAAAAGUAAAUAACUACAAUGGAGGCAUUGUAUUAAAUGAAUAUCCGGCCGAUAACACCGCGACAGCCAACGCCACCGCAUACUGGAACAGUGAACAGAAAAAGUUGUUGGAUAAAGUUUUCAUGUGGCCUGAUAACAAUUUAACAAAUUCCGACAUUAUUACAACUUUGUUGCCAUUUAAUGUCGCUGCGACGGAGACAGUAUCAACCCCAACCGUAAUUAGUACCGAUUUAACAGCUUUAGAAGAAGAAAUUGAAGAGAUGGUGGACCGGUCAAUUAAUCCCAAUAUAAGUUUAACAGGUGGUCAAACAAAACAUUUAUUAAGUAUGCAUCAGGAGUGUGUAGAAAAUCGCAAUGCCUUGGCUCACAUAUUCACCAUCAUUAUGUAUUCGGUGGUGUGUGUGAUUGGCUUGCUUGGCAACACUCUUGUUAUUUGGGUCGUGUUAAGGUUCUCAAAAAUGCAAACCGUUACAAAUAUCUACAUAUUAAAUUUGGCCAUAGCCGAUGAAUGUUUUCUAAUCGGAAUCCCCUUUCUACUGUACACAAUGCGUAUUUGUAGUUGGAAAUUUAGUGAAUAUAUGUGUAAAGCGUAUAUGGUAAGCACAUCCAUUACCCAAUUUUCCUCAUCCAUAUUCUUGCUGAUAAUGGCCGCUGAUAGAUAUAUUGCUGUCUGCCAUCCCAUUGAAUCGCCACGGUAUCGAACUUUACCUAUAGCGAAAUGGGUAACAUUAAUUGCUUGGUUCACUUCGGUAAUACUUAUGUUGCCGGUUAUAUUGUUUGCCACUACAAUUAGGCAAGAGGAUGGCAUUCAUUAUUCGUGUAAUAUCGAUUGGCCAGAAAUGUAUCGAAAUCAUUCAGGCGUUACAUUUAUACUCUAUACAUUCCUUUUAGGCUUUGCAAUACCGUUGAGUUUCAUUUUAAUCUUUUACGUUCUCGUUAUACGGAAAUUGCGUACGGUACAGAAAAAGCAUAAAUCGAAAGAAAAGAAAAAAUCGCAUCGGAAGGUAACACGUCUGGUAUUGAUCGUAAUUACAGUCUAUACAUUAUGUUGGCUACCGCAUUGGGUAUCGCAGGUAUCAUUAGUUUUUACCUACGUAACUCAUCGAGAAUUAACAAGUUUUGAAAUUUUACUAAUCUUGAUUUUUGGUUGUUUGGCUUAUUCAAAUUCGGCCAUGAAUCCAAUACUUUAUGCAUUUCUAAGCGAUAAUUUUCGCAAAUCAUUUAGCAAAGCAUUCACUUGCGUUAGCAAACAAGAAAUAGAAGCCCAACUAUUUAACGAACAUAGUGCUCUUACGCAUAAACGAACGGGCAGCGGUAGUUGGCGUAAGGGCUCUAGACGUUUAUCAGCUCAGCAACGGAACAUGCCUUUGCAAAGUACUAAUAGCUUUUUGGCAGUUACUGCGGUGAAUAAUUGUGCUGGCAAUUCGUCAUCGGGCAAUUCUGCCUCCUCCACAACCACUACUGCAGAUAAAUUAUCAACAAGCACAGGUACGGAGACUAAAGUUUGCGAUGAAAAAAAUAGCGAUUGUAAGGUCACCAUCGAAACGGAAAAGAUAAUGUUGGCAAUAAACAAUGAGUGAAACGAAUAUCAGAAUGUAUUUGAUAGAAAGGAAACAGAAAGAAAAAAACUAUCUUAACCUAAAACAAGGAAUCGAAU